AUGCUGCACCUCCCAGACGAGCUGAUUCUGCACAUUAUCGCGUCAGCAGACCUCGAGCUCGCCGAGCUCGUCACGCUCCAGCACGUGUCGCGCCAGUUCCUCAACCUCAGCCGCGACAACAGGCUAUGGAAGCAGCUGUGCUUCGCGCACUCGGCCACGGAGCGCCGCCGCCGCCGCCUCGAGACGACGUCCACGGCGCCACCGGCUGACGCGGACCCGCGGCUCGCGGACCUCAUUGAAGCUGCCAACAGGCUCGCCGGCUCGCUCGACGUAUCGGUGCACGACGCGCGCGCGCCGGACGCAGAGGCGCAGGUCAGGCGGAGCAAGGAGCGCCGCCGGGCCGCGCUGCUGAGCAACUGGGACCCCAGCAGCGUCGGGGAGAGGGUCAACUGGUACAGCGAGUUUGUGCAGCGCCACGGCCCGCACCGCGUCAGCUGGUUCCAGGACGCGGGGCACGACGGCGAGGACGGCGACGCGGUGCGCCGCGAAGCCACGGGCGCAGACAUGCUCUACGACGCCAACGGGCUGGCCGCGAGGCUCGUGGCCCCGCUGGACGACGGCAGCGUCAGCGUCUGGGACGCGGCGGCCCACAGCAGCCGCCUGGGGCGCGUCGUUGCGACGAGCGCGCCGGGCCUGCUGUCGCGCGCCGACCGCGCCCAGAGCCGCGCCAUCAUGACGGCUACGGGCGCCGCGGCCUGCGUCAGCAUCGACAGCGCGCGCCAGACGGGCUUCUUCGCCGUCCAGGACGCCCUCGUGCAGGUCGAUCUGCACACGCUGCAGCUCGUCGCGCGCACGCCCUUCGCCUCGCCCGUCACCGCCCUCAGCGACGCCCACCCCGCCACGCCCCUCACCGUCGGUACAAACUGGUCGCUGCACCUGCACGACCCGCGCGCGCCCUCGCCCGGCCCCGCUGCCGCCCUCGCUCAGCCCGGCGCCCUCUCCAUCGCCCACACGCCCUCGCUCGGCGACUCCAACGGCCCCAUCUGGGCCGCCGGCCGCUUUCCCUCGCUGCUCAACUACGACCGCCGCUUCUUCCCCCGCCUGCGUGGCGCCCUGUACACCGGCACCCGCACCGCCUGCCUUGCCCUUCUGCCCACCCCUCUCGUCCCGCCGUCCCUGCGCCUUACUGCCCCGCCGGAAGCCCUCGUCGCCGCUCGCCACGCCUCCGGUAUCACACUCGCCGCCGCCGGCGCGUACAAAGGCCGCGGCGCCCUGGACUUGUACAGCCUCUCGUCCUCGCCCGAGCGUGCCAUCAACAGCGCGGAUGCAGGCACAGCCCGUAACCCCGGCGCCUGUGCCCGCAAUCGCCAGACCGCGGGGCGGGCCGCUCUGCUAGGUGUGGCCCCGCACGGCACGCGCAUCGUGUGCUGCGAUGGCGCCGGCGAGGUGCGCUGGGUCGAGCGGGACGGCUGGUCCGCCGUGCGCGCCUUUAACAUCAACGACGUGGAUGGUGCCUGUACCGGUCGUGGAGACAUGGUCCAGCGCCUCAUCCCGACCCUGUCACCCUCGCUCGUCACCCCUGAGACCGCGCCACAGGGCUCAAGACCACCAGCCCUUGGGACAGAAAAUCUGGUCCUGUGGACGGGCGACGGCCGCCUGGGCAUGCUGGGCUUUGGCCGCGCGGGGCUGUUUGACGAGGAUGUGUUUGCGGACGCGCUGGAGUGGCAGGUCGGCGCCGACGAGGUGGAUGCCAGGGCCCUGGAGCGCGAGUAUGGCCGUGAGAUGAGGCGGGCCUUGGAGAUGCAGGCUAGGGAAGUAAGGUGGUUGGAGGGCUAUGGGCUGUAG